UCUUUUUUCUUCUUCUAUCAAAUCAGAUCAAACCCUAUUUUCUUGCUUCCAAAAUUUUGGAUAUAUCUUCUCAUACGUUUUAAAAUUGUGUUUUUAUUUCUUUGGCUGUAAAAAUGAGUUGCAAUGGAUGUAGAGUUCUUCGAAAAGGUUGUAGCGAAACAUGCAUUCUUCGUCCUUGCCUCCAAUGGAUCGAAUCCCCCGAGUCACAAGGCCACGCCACCUUGUUCGUCGCUAAAUUCUUCGGCCGUGCCGGUCUAAUGUCUUUCAUCUCUGCCGUGCCUGAACUAAACCGCCCUGCUUUGUUUCAGUCGUUGUUGUUUGAAGCGUGUGGGAGGACGGUUAAUCCGGUUAACGGAGCGGUUGGUAUGUUAUGGACUGGGAAUUGGCACGUGUGCCAAGCGGCGGUUGAAACUGUUCUUCGCGGCGGUACUUUACGACCUAUCUCAGAUCUCCACGAGUUGCCGUCAUUGAUCUCCUCCAAUGAGUCUUCCAAGAUAUGUACCAACCAUUGCCUAUUCUCGACCUCAAGAUCCAAGCUAUCUACCACGGAGAUGAAAGAACUUCCGGUUAACCGGAAACGGUCUGGGUUAGAUCUAACCGGUCCGGGAAGUCCAUCGGAGGAGUCAGUAACGACGUCGUGCAGUGAAAAUAGAAGCAACGGCUAUAACAAAAGAGAGAGAAAGUUAUUAAACCUUUUUGUUUAA